AUGUCGACCGACAACACAACGGCAACGACAGUGGUAAAUGUGACGGGCGACGAUACAAGUUGGGUAAAAGAGAACGUUGGAAAAGGGAUAGCAGACAGCGGCAGCGACAGCAACAGCAGCAGCAGCAGCGGCGGCGACAGCGGCGGCAGCGGCGGUGACGAGGACAACGACGACGACGACGGAGCAGAAACCGACGUCAACAGGCGAGUACUCGCAAUCCAGGCUAAGAAGAAGCGGCACAAGCCCAGCAAGCGCAAGGGCAAAGCCAAUUCCCAGAGCGAGCAGGACGCGCAGAGCUCCAAAGGGCCGCGUGCCGGUCAGGUAGCGGCUACCGCCGCGACCACCGCCACCACAACCACCGCCACCACUACCACCACCUACGAGUAUGCUUCGGACGGACCCCCGCAGCGCGCUUAUAACAGCGACAACGGGACCAGAUUGGUACCAUGUCAUAGUUCCAGCAAUGAAACGAUAGAGGACGAUGAUGCAUUCAGUACUGAGGAUGAAGAGCAGGAGGAUAGCAGUGACUACUGUAAAGGCGGAUACCAUCCUGUGAAGAUAGGAGAUCUCUUUUUAAAUCGCUAUCACGUCACUCGUAAGCUCGGCUGGGGUCACUUCUCUACUGUAUGGCUCUGCUGGGACUUGCAGGAUAAACGUUUUGUGGCGCUUAAAAUAGUGAAAUCCGCAUCCCAUUUCACUGAGACUGCAUUGGAUGAAAUUAAAUUAUUAAAAGAUGUGCGCGAUACGGAUCCCAUCGAUCCUAAGCGCAAUAAGACCGUCCAAUUGCUCAAUGACUUCAAGAUCAGCGGCAUUAACGGCCUGCAUGUUUGCAUGGUAUUUGAAGUGCUUGGACAUAAUCUUCUUAAAUUGAUUAUCAAGUCGAACUACAGAGGAAUUCCAAGAAAUAACGUUAAACGUGUCAUCAGACAAGUUCUUGAAGGUCUCGACUAUCUUCAUAAUAAAUGUAAAAUUAUUCAUACAGACAUUAAACCUGAGAAUGUUCUUGUAUGCGUCGAUGAGACUUACAUACGAAAAUUAGCUUGUGAAGCGACAGAAUUGCAUUCUAUGGGAGCGAAAUUACCGGUAUCUUUGAUUUCUACCGCGCCGAAGGAGUUUCAAGAACCGAUACCAAAUUCCAAAAUGUCCAAGAACAAGAAGAAGAAAUUAAAGAAGAAAGCCAAGCGCCAAAACGAACUCUUAAAGAAACAGAUGGAGCAAAUCGAGGAAUUAGAGGAACAAAUUAAACUUGCAAAUAGCAUGAGAGAAAAUGGAGAAAUUGAAACGAAUAGUCUAGACCAAGAUCUCAAUACAGAGAGCGUAGAGGAUAAUACGGAGAGCAAAGGUUCUCCAGAUAUCUCAGAUCCAUCCGCAGCUUCCUUACACAUGAAUGGAGUAGAUGGUUUAGCGGGUGGUGAAAAGAUACAGAAUCCAUCGCCUGAACAAUCUGAAAAGAUGGACAACGUCACUUUGUGCGAUGUGGAGAAAAGCUGUGGCGAAGGUGUAUUAUCACCUGAUCCCGAUGACACUGACGAAUGUAGCGAAGGUCGUAGAUCAUUAAAUCCACCGGAAAGUAAGCAAUUGAAACGAGCAUCCAUGUCUCCUCUGGAUCCUGCUAUAAUGGACUGUGAAAUAGAAGUGAAGAUAGCAGAUCUCGGGAACGCAUGCUGGGUUCAUAAAAAAUUCACGGACGAUAUUCAAACUCGUCAGUAUAGGUCGCUCGAGGUUCUAUUAGGUUCUGGAUAUGACACCUCUGCCGAUAUAUGGUCGACCGCUUGCAUGGCGUUUGAAUUGGCGACUGGUGAUUAUCUUUUUGAACCGCACAAUGGCAAAGACUACUGCAGAGAUGAAGAUCAUUUGGCUCAUAUUAUUGAAUUGCUGGGAGAAAUACCGAGACGUAUCGCUCUUUCGGGGAAGAACUCAAGGAUAUACUUCAACAGAAAGGGUGAAUUAAAGCAUAUUACUGGAUUGAAACCAUGGGGUUUAUACGAAGUAUUAACAGAGAAAUAUGAGUGGACGCCGAGCGAAGCACGCGAGUUCGCAGAGUUCCUAAUACCGAUGCUCGAGUUCAAUCCGAGCAUGCGAGCUACCGCAGCUGAGUGCCUGAAGCAUCCGUGGCUGCAAAUCAAAAAGUGAUCGCGUUUUUUAUUGUUUUAUCUGUAAUAUCCCCACAACUUUCACCCCGGUCCUACCGCCCAGUCGCAAUCGUAAAUCGAGAGUGUGAUAGGAAGCCGAAAACACUUGUAAACGUCAGGUGUUAUUUCCGUACUGAAAAUCAUAAUUCAGCGACUCAAUUUGCAUACGAAGAGCAAAGUGCGUCGUUUCAAGAGCGCGUACACAUACAUAUAUACACACUAGAAAACUGUUUGAUAUAAUAUGAAUUACAGAAAUAAAUUGUAACAUACAUUGUUAUAUUAAUCAUACGUAUGCUACAAGCGUGUCUCCGCGUGGGUAAUGUUACGAAACUGAAAACGUUUCGAAAAGAUUGUUAUAUACCCUUUACAAAUGGUGAUUUGACAAUAUUGCGGAAGUCGCCUCAAGGAAAGUCGCCUCUCGAAUGCAGCGAGCGAAGUGUCGCAAAAUCCGGAUUUGUUAGAGAAGAAGAUCUUGCAACAUUCCGCUGAUUUCCACAAAAAGAAAAAAAACGGCCGCGCGCGUGCUUCCUAACGUAACACUCUCAAUACAUCGGCUGACCAUUUGUAGUUGUACACUUGUUAAAUCGUGUUUUUAAUUAGUGAUGAAAGAACUUAAAUUAAAAAGAAAUUUUUCAUAGUACUUUAUAUAUACAUUAUUUUACACACAUUCGUGUCGCAUUCUUCGUACUCGUCAUUUAAUUUAUCUAUGAAUAUAUUUCAAGAGUCGUGGGAUCUAUUCGUAAUGCGCUGUGAAAAUAUUGGCGGACUCGGUAUCGUGUUUGGUUUAAAAUUAGGACUCAUUGCCUUGACUCAGUUAUCCGUGUGUACUUUUAUAUAUCGCACACACUGGUCACUGUAAAUUCUUGCCAACAAACUCAUGAAGUCGCAACAGGACAGAAAUGGCUACUUAAUUAAUAUUUUACGUCUACCUCAAUAUAUAUGAGCCGGUUAGAAAUACUCAUCAGCAGAUGCACAUAACGAGGGACCGCAUUGAAAUAAAUGUAAAUUGAAUUAGAGGGGGUCUAUAUAUUGUAGAUAAUUAAGAGUUGAUCACUAGAUUCUUGGAAUAUAUAAUUUAUGCGGGCGCUAAUUGAGAUAAGACAAUAUUGCAUGCAUAUACGUUUUAGGAUUUUAUGUUUCAUCUAAUUUGAAAUUUUUAUAUAAAAUUUCAGAAUAUUUUCUCUUUUUAUCGUUAUUGUCAAGAUAACUGAAUUUUGACAGCAUACGAUAAAACUAUAUUUGUAAAUGUUAUAAAAAAUUUAUAUAUACUUUUGUAGAAACAAAUGUACAUAUAAAUGACACCAACGAAACCUAACAGCAUAUCCAAUAUGCGAUUUACUUAUGAAAAUUUGUAUUUAUAUGCAUCUUGUCUUAUUCCAUUGCGCCUCACAAUACUGAUAUUAUAAUGAAUUUCUGUUUGUUAUAAAUUUGUUUACGUCGCUAAUGCGAAUGCCUGUAUACAUAAUGUACAAUUAUGAAAAGAAAGAAUAUCUAUAUUGCGAAUAGGAUCUUUGCAAACAGGAUGAGAGCAGUGGUAACAAGAGUAAUGUUAGUAUCAUGCAAACUCCUUUACUUUAUGAAUACUGACUGAUUACAAAGCUCUCUGCCGAUAAUAAUUGUCUUCUAUUUUAUAAACGCUAAAGCGAAGCAGUGCGUUCCACUAGACCGUUUAUGUCGCGUAUAUACUUUCCUCUAUGCACGAAUUCAAUUCAUGCUUCCUGCAGAAUGUUCUGUUUCGCUUCGCCUGUCAAUCUCAAGUUUCACAAAAGGACUCGAACUAUGUGGAGAUGCAUACAUGGAAGUAUUCAUUUCGUCAUGAUGUACAAAUGUCUUGUCGCUUACUGUAUUUCUAUAUUUCUUCCCGGGUAAAAGAGGAAAAUACUCUAAAA